ACCUUGGAAGGUUUACUAUGACUGAGAGAAAGCCAGUACAGACCAGUACGAAGUAGGUAGUCAUCCGAAUCUACCCGCUGCCCAUGUUCCUCUUGGCUUAUCUCCUUAUCAGACUUAUCUUUGGCUCUCGGUCGACCAUCCGAGCCGCCAUCGGCUUCUGAUGCGGUGUACCUGAGUACAGACUUGAAUCGCCCCAGCAAUUUUUCACUCUUUACCUCUUCCUCUCGAUACAGAAGAACGAACUUAUCGGCGAUAUCGAUUGUGGGCGGACUUGCUCUGACUGCAUUGAGGGCCUGAGCACCGGGUUGCUACGAGCACGGCGUCUUUGUCAAUAGAUAGGGCCCAUUGUCUGUCUCACUUGUCCCUGGCGGAUCAAGGUGGUAUUGGCGAUACCUAGUUUACAGGAUUCGCAGCAAGGCCGAGGCAUACCUACCUGCUUGCUCUCUUUAUCCUACAACACUUACCUCUUGAGAAUAUUGGUUAUUUCGUAUAUCCUCGAGUUGGGUCGCCGCGACGGCGCGCCGGCGUCAUAGCUAUCAGUUCGACCAAUUUUGUCAGACCUCAACCUACGCCAGCCUGGUAAGGGGCCUGUCUACCUCCAAUACUGACCAUGGCGUCGUCCCUCGCGCGUGCUGUUCCCCAGCCCCUGGGCCAGCUCUCUGUCCAAUCACGAGCUCUCUGUCUUCGUCCUCGCCUGAGCUCGGCACAUACCCGCACAUGCCUUUCUCCACGGAUUGGCCGCGCAGGCGUGGGACGGAGGAAUUAUUCCGAGACUCCCAUCCCCAAGACUGGUCAACAUAUCAAUUCUCCCCCAUCUUUAGAGGAUAGGGCGGGCGGGUUCGCACAGCUGGAUACCUUUGUCCGUCGCCACAUUGGACCGGAUGACGCCGAAACUACCGAGAUGCUCAAGGCCCUUUCACCACCUGUUCAAGACCUAGAUGAUUUUGUCUCCCAAGUUCUGCCCCCGGAUAUCAGAGCUCAGACAGCGUUGAGUUUCAAAGGGGCUACGGAGCCAUCCGAGUCGUACCUCAUGUAUAAGGCCAGAUAUUUGGUGGCGGGGGACUUUGUGAGAAAGACUUUCAUAGGACAGGGCUAUUAUCAAGCUCUUACGCCUUCUGUUAUCCAGCGGAAUGUGCUAGAAAACCCUGCCUGGUAUACAAGUUAUACCCCUUAUCAACCUGAAAUCAGCCAAGGGCGCCUAGAAUCCUUGCUCAACUUUCAGACAAUGGUCUCGGAUCUCACUGCGCUUCCCAUUGCCAACGCUAGCUUGCUCGAUGAAGGAACCGCUGCUGCUGAAGCAAUGACGCUCUCGAUGAAUGUUCUACCGCCAUCACGGGCCAAGCGACCAGGUAAGACGUAUGUGGUCUCGACAACAAUGCAUCCUCAGACUAUUGCAGUGAUGCGCGGCCGCGCCGAAGGGUUUGGCAUUACUAUUCUAUCACUAGACCUGUCACAGGAGGAAAGCCAUGCCGAGAUUGAGGCUUUGGGCGACGAUCUUGUUGGUGUCAUGGUCCAGUAUCCUGACACUUUUGGCGGUGUGGAUGACCACAGCGCUUUGGCUGAAGUUGUGCACAAGCAAGGCGCUCUCCUCAGCGUCGCGACUGACCUGUUGGCUUUGGCCGUGUUGAAGCCACCUGGAGAGUGGGGAGCGGACAUUGCAUUCGGUAGCGCCCAACGGUUCGGUAUUCCUCUCGGUUUUGGUGGGCCUCACGCCGCAUUUUUCUCUGUGACAGAGAAGCAUAAGCGAAAAAUUCCUGGCAGAUUGGUUGGUCUAUCGAAGGACCGCAUGGGCCGCAACGCGUACAGAUUAGCGUUGCAGACCAGGGAACAGCACAUUCGCCGAGAAAAGGCCACUAGUAACGUUUGCACCUCGCAGGCGUUGUUGGCUAACAUGAGCGCUUUCUAUGCUAUCUACCAUGGGCCUGAAGGCUUAAAGGCUAUUGCAGAGAGGAGUAUCCGUGGUGCUCGAGCUGUCCAGGCUGGAGCCGAAGCACAUGGGUUCCAAGUUAUGAAGAAUAAGUGGGACAAGCUUGGUCGUGUGUUAUUCGACACGGUGGUGGUCGAUCUUAGAACAAACCCACUGCAACAGCAAUAUAUUUUCUUGGUCAAGAGCGCAGGCUGCCUUGUUCGCCGUAUUGGUCCGACAAAAAUCGGCAUCUCUGUCGACGAAGCGACCACACACGGCCAUCUAGCACUUGUUAUUGCAGCAUUUCGGAACCUUCGUGAAAGGAAAGACGAACGUGGCUUGCGUUUAGUUGACAGUGAAUAUCUGAAACGAACUCUGUCAAGAAACGCCGGUCCACUGGAUAUUCCCGAACCUUUCCGCCGAACUUCCUCGUUUAUGACACAUCCGGUUUUCAACACGCAUCACUCGGAAACGGAAAUGCUACGGUAUAUUCACCACCUUCAGUCAAAAGAUCUAUCUCUCGUUCAUUCUAUGAUUCCACUUGGCUCUUGCACUAUGAAACUUAACGGAACAACUGAAAUGUCCCUCAUCUCAGUUCUCAAAUUCUCCAACGUACAUCCAUAUGCCCCCCCUGAGGACGUGCGUGGCUAUAUCGAAAUGCUGGAACAACUCUCUAGACAAUUGGCGCAGAUUACGGGCAUGGAUAAGACUUCUUUGCAACCAAACUCUGGAGCCCAAGGAGAAUUUGCCGGGUUACGCGCAAUUAGAGGGUAUCACAAGGCGAACAAAAGGCUUGGUAAAGAGGAAACGGAGCGUGAUAUCUGCCUUAUCCCAGUAUCUGCCCAUGGUACAAACCCCGCGUCCGCUGCCAUGGCAGGUAUGCGCGUAGUCCCAAUCAAGUGCAAUUCUGAAACCGGCAAUCUCGACAUAGCAGAUCUCGAAGCAAAAUGCAAGCAAUACCAAGAUAAGCUUGGAGCUAUCAUGGUUACCUAUCCUAGCACCUUUGGUGUUUUCGAACCUGAGAUAAAAAAGGUCUGCCAAAUCGUGCAUGAGCACGGGGGCCAGGUUUAUAUGGAUGGUGCUAAUAUGAACGCUCAAAUCGGGCUGUGCUCUCCGGGAGAAAUUGGCGCCGACGUGUGCCACCUCAACUUACACAAGACUUUCUGUAUACCUCAUGGUGGAGGCGGGCCAGGUGUAGGACCGAUUUGUGUCAAGAGCCACCUAGCGGAAUUUUUACCAGGAGACCCAAACCCCAAACCCCCCAGGAACCGCUUCCUCGACACUUCUCUUGAGACCAACACCGACUCAAGAGCCGUAAGCAGUUCCGAGUAUGGCAGUGCAAGUAUUAACGUCAUCAGCUGGGCCUAUAACACUCUGAUGGGUGGCGAUGGGCUUACGCACGCCACUAAGAUGACACUACUCAACGCUAACUACAUCCUUUCCCGCCUGAAGCCUCACUAUCCCAUACUUUAUGUCAAUGAGAAUGAAAGAUGCGCCCACGAAUUCAUUCUCGAUACUCGACCUUUUAGCAAAUCCGCUGGCAUUGAAGCCAUCGAUAUUGCCAAGCGCCUUCAGGAUUAUGGGUUCCAUGCACCCACCAUGAGCUGGCCAGUUGCGAACACCUUGAUGAUUGAGCCAACGGAGAGUGAGAGCAAGGAGGAGCUUGACCGCUUCAUUGACGCUCUCAUAAGUAUCCGUGGGGAAAUUCGCGAGGUUGAAGAGGGCAAGGUACCUCGAGAGGGAAAUGUGCUCAAGAAUGCACCCCACCCCAUGCAGGACCUCAUCCAGGGGGAUGGAGAUGGCAAAUGGGAGCGAAGCUACUCUCGAGAGAAGGCGGUAUACCCGCUUCCUUGGCUCAAGGAAAAGAAAUUCUGGCCGAGUGUUGCUCGAAUUGACGAUACUUACGGUGAUCUCAAUUUGUUCUGUACAUGCCCUCCAGUUGAGGACACGACUUCUGCUUAAGCGUAACGUUCAUCGUUUUGGUUAUGGUAUGGCUGUAUAGGUAUUUUCAAAACAUACCCAAGGUUCAACAUCAUGGAAAACGGCGUUCUGGGUCGUGCGCCGGUUUCCAGCCCCUCAAGGCUCAUAUUUACAGUGUGGAGUAUGGUUCAACAUGACAUGGAAUUUUUUCCCCGAGUAAUUCAACUAGGU